CGUGGACCGGCGAGCCGAGACGGGCGGGAGAGCCGGGGCGGAAGGGCAGCGCUCGGCCCCCCAGGAAGGAAGAGGGAAGGGGCAGUUGGUGCCGCGGGACCCCCGGUCCCUCUGCCACUUCCCAGUAAACAUGGACGCCGGGUCACUGGACGCAGCAGUGCAGAGUGCCCUCCAGGCCCUCUACCCUCCCUUCGAAGCCACGGCCCCCACGGUCCUGGGCCAGGUGUUCCGGCUGCUGGAGACCAGCUACCGGGGAGAUGGGCUCUGCUGCCUGCUCCAGUUCCUCAUCCCAGCCAAGCGCCUCUUCGAGCACGUGCGGCAAGCAGCCUGCGCUCCCUACUUUAACUGCAUCUUUCUCCAUGAAGGCUGGCCCUUGUGUCUUCACGAGAAAGUGGUUGUCCACCUCGCACCACUCAACCCCCUCCUGCUGCGCCCUGGGGACUUCUACCUGCAAGCGGAGCCCUGCGAGGAGCACUCGGCACGCAUCACCGUCAAGCACCUCUCCCAAGACCUGCGUACGGUGGAGGAGACGCCCGUCCCCAAGGCUGCCUAUGCACUGCUCUUCACCAACGAGUGGCUGGAGGAGAUCAACAGUGACCGGGCCGGGACCCCCCUGCACACCUGCCUGGUGGCCACUGAGAACGGCAUCACCCCGCUGCCGUGGAGGAAGAUUGCCACACCAGAGUUCAUUGACAAGCCCAAGGCUGGAGCCGAUGGUCUGCCUGUGCAGACCCAGCACAGCCUUGCUCCUGAAACUGCAGCUGAGCCAGCAGCACCCAGCGCACCCAUGCCCCAUGGCAAGGCGGACAUCCCGGCACCCUAUGGCAACAUUGCGGGCACCAUCCCAGGCUGCAAGGUCACCUCUCAGAAGUUGAGCCAGGGAAGAUACCCAGGACUGAUCAAGGUGGACCAGGCUGGGCUGCGGAAGAAGCCGGCCACGCUCGCCAUGCCCAGCCUCUGCGAGAUCAUCAGCCAGAACCUAGAGGGGGAGUACGUGGACCUCCUGGAACUCUCCCAGGAUCAGCUGGACCUCCUGGCCAGGUCUCUGCCACCCGCCUGCCCGGCGGGGCUGAUGGGGGCCGGGACCAAGGCAACGCUCCCCUUGGUGAAAGAGGGGCCGGGGGCAGAUACCUGGCCCUGUGGGGAUGCAGAGGAGGGUCCCUGCACCCCGUGCCUGGGGAGAAAGCUGAGCCGGGAGCCGGGGCCGCACGGCCCACGGUGCCGCCACCGCGACUCCUACCUGGCUGCACUGCAGAACCCGGUGAGCUUCGGCCCCGGGCUGAUGGCAGCCAUCCUGGAGGAGCCGGAUGGCCCCGGCCCCGAGCCACCCCCUGCCACCAUCCAUGAGACCCCCGCACAGCACGGAAGGGGGACCGGCAGCCCCAAGCUCCUCACCCGCCGUCCCCGCCGAAUGAGUCCUGGGGUGCAGGCGGAGGUGUUGGUGCGGCAGGGCAGCCCCCAGCUCCCCCCGGCCCCCACAGGCUCCAGCCACAAGUUCUCCUUCCUAAAGGGGCCGCGGCUCGGGAUGGCCCCCGGGGAUGAAAGAGCCGCCAGCCAGCAUGAAGGCGCCUGGAAGAAGAUGUCUGCCAUCUACUCGCCCAGGAUGGGCAGAGCCAAGCCAGCUGGGAAAGGUAUGGAUGCAGCAGCCGCUGCCCCCACAGAGGAACAGUCCCCGCAAAGCCCCAGCAACCAGAACGGCCCCUCCAUGCCCGGCACCCCUGGCCGGGAGCCGCUGGCCUGGCAGGAUCUGCACGCCGGGCUGCUGCACUCGGGCAUCGUGUGCCUGCCAGGGAGCUUGGACAGGCUGGGCAGGGCCCUCCUCCAGGUGACCACCAGCAGCAGCGCCUGGGGGGCUGAGUGGUGCUCGGCCGCCGAGUUGGCGAGGCUCAUCCUCUACCUCUGCUCCCUCCCCAGGCGAGAAGCAAAGGACAGUGGGCUGACUGUCGUGGUGGAUGCCAGGAAGCAGCCACCCGCUCCCGUCCUGUUCUCGGCCCUCCGCUCUGUCCAGAGCAUCUCGCCAGGCUGCAUCCACACUGUGCUGCUGCUGGCCGAGAAGGAGCUGGUUGCCCACCGCGAGAGGCUGCCUGGGGUGCAGGUGGAGACCCUGGCGUCGCUGAAGGCUCUGGGCCGCUACAUCGACAGCUCCCAGCUGACACAGGAGCUGGACGGCACCUUCCCCUACUGCCACGGCGAGUGGGUUCAAUUCUUCCAGAAACUCCAUCCCUUCACAGCCAGCCUGAGGCGGGCGUCAGAGCUGCUGCAGAGCUGCAUCCAGGAGCUGCGGAGCACCGAUGCACUGGCAGGGACGCAGGAUGUGGCCACAUGCAUCGAGAGGCACCAGGAGCUGAUGCAGAGGGUGUUGAGCGACCCGCAGCUGGUGCGCGUGCAGCGCGAGGGGGGGGCCAUGCUGGCCAGGCUGCGCAGGGAGGCCGCCCGGCUCGGCGCCUCGGUCAACGUCAGGACCAGCAUGGAGUCGGCCGAGGGGCUGUACAGCCAGCUGGAGGAGGAGCUUCACGACCUGGUGUCCCAGUCCAACAGCUGCCUGGAGCACCUGGAGUUCCUCCGAAAGGUCCGGGAGCUCGAGGCCGAGUUCAGCAAGCUGGGGUGCUGGCUGGACGGGGAGGCAGCGGCACGGCUGCAGGAGAUGGGUGCUGAGGAGUGGAGCCCCGACACCUUCCAGGGCUCCGCCGAGCGGUUUAAUGAGUUCCUCGUCCAGGCAACAGCUCAGUACCGGCACGGCCUGGCCCUGUGUCAGGAGGCGGCUGAGGUCCGAGACGCGGCUUUCCCCGAGGCAGAUCCCUUCCAGGUGGCUGCAGCCCUUUUCCGGACGAAGCUGAUGAGCUUCUACAGGCAGGUGGAGCGGCGGCAGGCUGAGCGGGAGCUGCUGCGGGAGCUCGGCCAGUUCUCCAGCAAGAUCAUGGGGCUGAAGCUGGACUGCAGGCAGUGCUCAGCCCAGGUGAAGCGUGGGGAGGGCCAGGCGCUGCAGUGUCUGCAGAGCUCCUUCCAGAAGCUGUCAGUGGAGUUCGCCCUGGAGAAGCUUCAGGAGAUGAAGGCUCAGGUGUGCAGGAUGCAGAGCAGCCGAAAGCUGGCAGCGUGGACCGAGGCACAGCACAGGUACCAGGAGACCCGGCAGAUCCUGGAGGAGAUGCUGGCAGAGCUGCAGGAGACCUGGGGAGCACAAGUCAACGGGCAGGGAGACGCCUUUGGCUCCCCCAGUUCAGGGUCUGCAGCCCCUUGCAAGGAAGCCCCAGUCUGCGAAGCAGCCGCCAGCCCUGACCCAGCCGUGUUGGGGGGCCGGGGGGCGACGGAGCCAGCAGAGCCCGGUGCUCAGGGACCAGGACAGCCCCAGGCCGGCAGCGUUCCCAGCCCCGCACUGGGUGCCGAGCCGAGCAAGGCCGCCCGCCCACCGCCAGGCUCCCCGCAGCCCUGCUGCCAUCAGGAGCUGGAGGGCGACCAUGCCUUUCACCACCACGUCUCUGCUGACACCUCCUUCCCAAAACCCGAGAGCCAAACCUGCCUGGGAACUGCAGGACACCUCACCCAGGAGCACAGCCAGCCCCCUCGGAGGCAUCCCUUCACCCUGCCUCCCCGGGCGCGUUUUCCAGGUGCUGACCCGUCGUGUCCCACCGCUGUGCCCCAUGGGACUGCGUCAGCCCCCAGCACGCACAGUCUGCCUGCAGAUAAGUGGGCAGAAGCCACUCAGUACUUCCAGGUUUCCAGCCACAGCAGUUUCUCCUCUGAAGACUCAGACUCGCAGAACUCCACCGAAGAAGCCCCAGCAGCAAGCCUGGCUUUGCCCUGGGACCUCCAGAGUCCCAGACCACCUUUCCCCUCCGAAAAACCCCCGCAGAUUGUUUACCUGGAGAACCACCACACCGAGAGUCCAGCUAAAGCAAAUGCCAAGUAAAACCAGUCCCUUCCAGCUGGGGCUGUUUCUGUCCAGUUGUAGAAGCCUCAAUCACCAACUGGAUGGGACAUCCCAUGCUUGGAGGUGGAACACUGGGACCCAUUGCCCAACCCUUGGUCCUAGAGUCCUUCAGUUCCCGUACUUAGCACUCACCCCGCUGUGGAACAGCAGUAACCCCAUCACGGGCCUCACGAGGUUCAUUAAUAAUCUACUAGGUGUUUUGCAAUCCUCGCCUAAAGUGCAUCUAUCCCUACAAGCACUGGGUUUGCCUCAGGACAGCAGGGAGGGUCCCCUGCAGUCAGCAGCCAUGCUCAGAACAUCCCACAGGAGCGCAGACCUUUGCUGAGGUGUUUCUGCUCGCCAGCCCCGCUGUGCUCCCCCCUCUGCCGGGCGAUUUUACCGUCCCCUGCGCUGCUGCUGCUGCAGCCCUGGCCAAGCAACAGCGACAGGCAUUUUUAGUGUGCGCUUGUUAACGUGAGACUAAUGUUAUUAAUGUUAAUAAACCUGCA